AUGUUGUCUCACUCUGUCCGAGCUUCUCGCUCGCUCCUCACCCGGGUCAACCGUCAAUCCGUCGGUGUUUCAUACCGCACUUUCAUGACUACUGCCACUCGCCGAGCCGACCCCGUCCAGGACCUCUACCUCCGCGAACUCCGCGCCUACAAGCCCAAGCCCGUCAAAGCUGGUGAAGCUGAAGCUCAGGUCCAGAAAUUCACCGCUCCCAAACCCCCUCUAUCCCCCGAAGAGACCAGCCUUGCCGGCGACUUGCAGGCUUAUGAGACCCAGGCCGUUGAAGUUGAGGGCCAAGCUGUUGCUGGUGAGGAGGCACCUAAGGAGGAGAGCUGGUUUGAGGAGGAUGAGGAGGAAGCUCAUCCUGCUGCCCACUAA